AACCCCCUGAAAGAAAAAAAAAAAAUAAUAAACCCUGCAUCCCUAACCCCGCAAGCGCAAGCAAAAGAAGUUGCCGUCGUGUUUCACACAUUGAUCCCAGCGUUUUCAGCGUCGUAAAUGGCUGGCAGAGGAGGAGGAUGGGGAUUCCGUGGACGUGGAAGAGGCGCAUAUGUCCGACCAGUCCCAUUUGUUGUUUAUCCUGAGGAUAUUAAGUUGCCUGAUGUUAAAAAAGCCGAUGCUUCUACGACACGGUUAUGUAAAUUGGAUCUUGAAUUUGAUAAUUUUUUUAAAUCCGCUCCUUAUUUCUUGGAGGAGAAGGCAGAAUUGAAGGGGCGCAAAAGAAAGAUGCACGUACAAAGAUUCUCUGACAAGAAGAAGACCAUUUUUACUCGUGAUUCUCUGCCACAGGUUUUAGUUUACGACGAAUUUAUUAAGGAGUUGGUUCCAGGUAAAACUAUUCUGAGCCGGAAAAAACGUACAUGGAACCCAGAAGAAGGUCAGAAAAAACUGGCGGCAAUGUUUGAUGAUAUAGAGAAGAGUCGCCUGGAAGAUAGUAAAAGAAGAAAGGAGGAAAAAGUUGAAGAAAGUGAAGAUGAAGAGGAAAUUGAAGGGAGUAGCGAUUCCGAAGGCGAUUUUAGAGAUGGUGAUUAUAAUAAGAAUAAUGACUUUGACGACGAUGAUGACGAUUUUAAUCCCAACGAUGAUGGGCCUGAUGAACCUGAAUAUGGAGAAUGAUUCUACUCAUCUUGUGGCUCUUCUAUAUUAGCAUGGACUAUUGCUUCAAGGCUUUUACUUAGCCGCUAUAUGAAAUUAUUUGAUAUCAUGACAUCAGUGUCUACUUUCUUGUAAAUCCUUAUGUAGUUGAUUGAGUAGUUGAAUAAGUACAUUUUGAGUUUGCUUAUUGAGAAGUUAAAUAAGGUAAUUUUGGGUUAAUUUUUACUUGGGACCUCUUGCUGAUGAUAAUAUCUUAUUUCAUCAUGCAUCCUAGGAAUUGGGUUUGGUUUCUUCUUGCAUUUCCACAUUUCCUGCAAUCUGGCAGGCACUAGUUGGGUUUGCAAUAAUUGACUUUAGUGUGUUAGUUUGAUUUUAUUUUAUUUUUUAAAAAUUGAGCUUUUGAUUAAAA